UUACAACCAUCCAAAUCUGCCCUUUCUUCUUCCUUCAUCCUCCGUUCACUUUUCCUAAACCCUAGCCUUUCCCCGGUGCACUUUCUCCUAUUCUCUCCUCCAAUGGCGGAUGCUACUGACGACAUCGACAAGCUCUACGAGUUUGGUGAACGUCUCAACGACGCAAAGGACAAGUCUGAGCAUAGGCAGGACUAUGAAGGAAUUAUUGCGGCAGCGAAUGGAAGUGUGAAGGCUAAACAACUUGCUGCGCAGCUUAUCCCUAAGUUUGUUAAAUUUUUCCCUGAGUUAGCGGAGCAGGCACUUGAUCAGCACUUAAAUUUAAUUGAAGAUCACGAGCUUGGGGUCCGUGUACAAGCGAUCCGUGGACUUCCGCUUUUUUGCAAAGAUACACCUGAGCAGUUGACUAAAAUUGUUGACAUUCUUGGUCAGCUCCUCAUUGCAGGAGAAAAUGUAGAGCGUGAUGCUGUACACAAGGCUCUUAUGACCGUGUUACGUCAGGAUGUGAAGACUUCUCUAACUGCUUUGUUUAAGCAUAUUGGGAGCAUCGAGGAUCAGAGUGCUGAGGAUUUUAGCACUUGGGACAGCAUUCGUAAAAAAGUUCUUCUAUUUCUAAGAGAUAAGGUGUUUCCUCUAAAGACGGAGCUCCUAGUUCCACAGGAGCUGAUGGAGAGGCACAUAACUACUUUAGUGAAGCAGAAUUUGCAAGAUGUAACGGCUGCUGAAUUCAAAAUGUUCAUGGACUUUUUGAAAAGCUUGAGCUUAUUUGGCCAUAAGGCUCCUGCAGAGCGUAUCCAGGAGCUUGUUGAGAUAAUUGAAGGUCAGGCAGAUCUUGAUGCUCAGUUCAAUGUGUCUGAUGCUGAUCAUAUCGAGAGGUUCAUAUCGUGCCUUUCAAUGACCUUUCCCUUCUUCAAGAGGGGUGCAUCAGGCAGCAAGUUUCUCAACUAUCUGAACAAGCAAAUCAUGCCUGUUUUUGACAAGGUAAUUCUUGUAACUCCUAUAUUUAUUAGUUUCUUAAUGCAGCAAGUGCAUUUGAUGCACUUAACAGUUGGAUUAAGCACAGUUGAGGAUUUGGCUAGGGCUAUGAUCAAGAAAUUAACCCAAGGGAUGGCAGAUCAAAACAAAGCACUUGCUGCUGCUAAAACAGAAGAAGAAAAGGAUGCUAUUAAAACCCAAAAGCAGAAUGCUACCUUUGCACUCCGAGCUUGCAACAAUAUAUUAGCAAUGACCCAGCCAUUGAAUACAAAAACACCAAAAUUUAUAGGCGAUCAAAAAACAAAUUUGUCAUGGAAAGAAGCUGCGAAGCCUUCAGGUCCUUCAACUGCUACUGUUGCAGGUCAGAAGCGCCCGGCUGCUACUACAAAUGGGUCAAACAAUAACCCUUUAAAAAAGGGCCGAGGAGCCAGUGGUAUGCAACACCAGCUGGUUAACAAGGCAUUUUCAGGUAUCUAUGAUAGUGGAAGAAGCAGUGGAAGAGGUGGUAGGAGUUGGCGUGGUCGUGGAAGAGGACGGUCAUAUCACUAACGUGCUCACUCCACUGUAGCACUAAAUUAAUUGCAGAACAAUCUGGUGAUUCUUUCCGCUGGUACGAUUUGGAUAUAUCUUGUGGUGAGCAGAACAAUCAGGUGAUCUUUUCCAUUGGUACGAUUUGGAUAUAUCUUAUGGCGACCCAGACGACUUAUUUAGGCAGGUUCAUUGACGGGGGUUCUGAUUCUGUAGAUUGCUUAGUGAUGGUAUUUUAUUUUCAAUAUGUAACUUUAAGUCGGUGUACUAUGAGCCUAUAAUAAUACAUUA